CUGAACCACCCUCUGCUUUCUUAGCCAAAUCACCAAAAUGUCCAGUUAGAACAAGAAGUUAGCAUCCUGCAAAAGAAGUUAACAGCUGAGUGGGAAAAAGGAAACAAUCUGAAAUGGAUCCCAAAUAUUUCAUCUUCAUCUUGUUUUGUGGACACCUGAACAAUACAUUUUUCUCACCCAUAAAAGCAAUUACAACAGAGAAGCAACCACAGUCUACUUUACUUAGCUCAUCAGCGUCCUAUGUCUUGGCUAAUUCUCAAAACCCAACAGGGAAUCCUUUGGGUCAACCAACACCAACUGCCAAAGUUUCUGCUGGACAACCAACAGCAGUUACCGCUUCUGGAAAACCAGCAGCACAAACUCCUGCUGGACAAACUCCUGCAGCACAAACACUUGCCUAUAACACCACGGGGCAAGCAACACCAAUGGCCAAUACCUCCUCCCAGCAAACAGCACAACCUGUGUUCACUUCUGGCAGACAGCUAUCAACAUUUGCCCGUACUUCUGCCAGGCACCUGCAACCACUUGUCUCUACUUCCACUCAACAACCUCCAUCUGUCGGCACUUCUACAAAACCAGUACCACCAACUAUGGAAACUCCAUUCAUAAAACCAACGCCACCAGAUGAUGAAAGGCCACCUGGGAUUACACCAGGAUUCAUCACAGGAGAUACCAGAAUCACACAAACCCCACGUAAAACUGAUUACAAUUACAUAGCUGCCAUAAUAGUUGGUGUAUUUCUGGUUUCUCUACUGGUAGCUACAAUCAUGAUUGUACUAUGCAAAUGCCUGAGAAAACCAGUUUUAAAUGAUCAAAAUUGGGCAGGCAGGUCUCCAUUUGCUGAUGGUGAAACCCCUGAUAUGUGUUUGGAUAACAUCAGAGAAAAUGAAGCACCCACAAAACGUACAUCAAUUAUUUCACUUAUGGCCUGGAGACCAAACAAAAACACACUUUUAGCGGAUGACUUAGAAAUUAAGUUGUUUGAAUCAAGCGAAAACAUUGAAGAUUCCAACAACUCCCAAACAGAGAAAAUGAAAGAUCAAGUCAAUGGCACAUCGGAGGAGAGUGCUGGUGGGUCAACAAUCGGCACUGCUGUUUCUUCUUCUGAUGAUGUAGAUCUGCCUCCACCACCUCCUCAACUCCUCGAUUUGGAAGGAGAGGAGGGAAACCAACCUGAUAAACCUGCAGUGACAAUUUUAUCACCUGUUCCCAACGAUCCCACCAGUAUCCCCCCAUCUCUGGACCGUGUCGAUCAAAUUUGUGAAGAACAUAAUUCUGAGUUCAAACAGUCAUUUCCACCUCCCCCUGACUCACCUAACUUGUCCCUACCACCGGAAGAUUUUAUGAAAACCCUGGAAGAUUCCAACAAUGAGAUCCAAUGUCAGGAGAUCUCGAUUCUUCCUAAUGCUGAUCAAGAUCUCAAUGAAUCCCUGCCACCCCCACCUGAAGAACUAUUAUAGAUAUUACCGCUUACUUUUUAGCUGACUUUCAAUCUUUUUCAAAGGGCUCUCUUUUGUUUGUCUUCAUAUGAUGAAAUAUAUUAAAUGGCAACUGGUAGCCAAUUUUUAUUUUUAUUCAGGAGCUAUCCAAAAUCUGCUCAAAGCCCAUUGGCAUGGUGAAACUUAUUUUUUUUUAAAUACAACAGUGAUUUAUUGGCUAUAGCAUCUUAACUUUAAUGUAGAGUAUAUUUUACGUAUGUGGAUGGUAUGUAUAUGUGUGAAUAACUUAACCACUUUGGAAUCUAUGUAUAUUUAGUAUCACUCAAUAGAUUUUUUUUUC